GUCUUCGACUGUUGUUCAGGUGGAACAAAAAGACAAAGACGUUGAAAACCUUAAAAUUCAUACAAAGAACUGCGUAUUGUUAUAUAACAAGGGCAUUGUGCUACUGACCACACCAGAAGUUCUGAGGGGACAGUCAUUAGCCCAUAUUCUAACAUAAAUCCAAAAUGUCAGACGAGAACGUUCUCCCACAAACAAACCCGAUGGAGCUUACAUUCGGCUUUGAGCUUGAAUUUGGUGUGAAAUCGGUGCCCGAUCAAUUCCUUGAUCCAGAACCCAAUGAUCCUCGUCAUGUACAUGGAAUUACGAGGCCGGAGAGGUACCCCAAAGAUCAGUUUCUUCCUUACCUAGAGUCCCCUGAUGUAGUUGAGGAGAAUACGGCACUAUGGGAAAAAACACUUGAAAACUUCAAUGCACAGUUAGAUGCUUUACAGAUAGGCAUGGCAAAACUUCUUACAGAAAAUGGACUCCCAGCCGUGGCUCAAGCUGAUGAGGAAGAAUCUAAAGACCCUAGUAUCAAAGAUUUGAAGUAUUGGGUUAUCUCCAAUGAUGCUACCAUCAACCACGGUUCGAGUUAUAAUACUAAUUCACAUACAUAUUUCUGGUGGCCCAUCGAAAUCCAAAGCCCAGCAUACAUCUACAACGAAGAAAACAAGCAAAAGGUAAGAAAGAUGCUUCAGUGCAUUGACUCGGUUUAUAGGACUAAUUGCGAUUUGAGCGCAGACAUCCAUGUUCAUAUCGGUAACGGUCAGAAAGGAUUUGAUGCUCGCACACUUAGAAAACUCAUGGCUUUCGUUUACACUUUCGAAAACCAAAUCGCAACCAUCCACCCUCCCCAUUAUAUGACACAGAGAGCGUUUUCCAAACCGGUAAGAACACACAGCUUGCUUGCGCAGGCCAUACGAGAUCACCGAGACGAGAUAAUAGAAACGGGCGGAGAAGAAGAUUUGCGAAAAUUUGACGAAGAUGCCAUCAUAGAUGGCAUCCUAGAAAUAGACACAGUAGAAAACAUUGUGAGCAUCCUAUCAAGUCCAAAAAUAGAGGAAGAUCGCCUAUUUAACAGACUCACGUAUUCCAUCUGCAACCUCAAAACGGACGCAGAAAAGGUAAAGAAGACGAUCGAAUUCAGACAGCACAAGUCGACUUUCGACGACGAGGAAGUCUAUCACUGGAUAACUGUCUGCAGAUCCUUGGUCCAAUUUGCAAGUACGGUGGAUGAAGAAGUGUUGAGAAAAUUCUGCAAAGAACAUUUCCACAAGACCGUCGACGAAUUCUCUGUAGUGGAAGUCUUCAUGGCGCUCGGGUGUCCAGCACAAGCUUAUUACUACGGUAUAAGGGUUUUUGCUGGGAAAGAGGAACGGGCGGAAGAAGAACGUAAGCUACGGAAGGAAAUAGAGGAUGAGAAUCGUGAGGAAGAAUAAGAGAGAGAGAGAGAGAGAGCACAGGAGAAAAUUUAGAGGAGCGACGCGGGCA